AUGGCUCAGUGGGGCAACGCGUGGGGCGGAGCUGGCGAUUGGGGCAAGGGCGGAUGGGCAGAGGGAGCAUGGGGCCAAGGCAAAGGAUCCGGAUACACUUGGGGCAAGAGCAAAGGCAAGGGCAAGGGCUGGAAGUCCAAGAACCAGGACGACGGCGACAUGUGGGAGCAGAACACGGCGGACCAUACAGGUCGCAUAUGGCGUCGCUACCAGUUGCCUUGCGCUCUGCUCCGCGCGUCGGUUGACCCAAAAUCUGGGUCGUGCUUCGUGGCAGAGAACAAGAAGCAGCGCAAGAGCGACAUGAAGAUGCUCGACGAUGAGAACAUGCUGAAGUUAUUGACCCCGAGCAAUGCCCAUUUGCUUCGCCGCGUCGGCACUGGGCUUUCCGAGGCCGCGGGCAACAUUGAGGCCCUGAUCAAGGUCGCCCAGUGCACGGAGAAUAGAGCGUUGGUGGCGAUGAUGAAGGCCAUUGACGAUGCGGGGGAUGAGUUGCAGGAAGCCUUGGCCGCGAUCAACAGCUUCGGCAAGGCGAAGCUCACUGCAGAGGACUACUCGAAGGCUUUCGAUACCGUGGCGACGUUCAUCAAGGAGAACGAGGAGGCAUUGGAGAAGGGCUCCAUCGCCGGCAUGGUCAUGCACGGACGAGGCUAUCUGGGAGCCUGUGCUCUCCGCCAGUUGAUCGUGUGCGUGAAGCACCCGGAGUGGUGGUCGAACCAUAUCCCCGAGUCGUUGUCGGCUUCGAAGACCGUGGCGCAGUGGAAAAAGAAACCCAAAGACAUGAAGCGCAUGAAUGCGGCGAUGGGAGCUUUCAUGGAGAAGAAGGCCGAAGCAGACGACGAGCAUCGGAAUAAGGGGAAGGACGACUACGAGGCCUUGAUGCAGGGCGGCGGCAAAAAGAAGCGCAAGGAGGAGUCGUCGGAGGAGUCCUCGGAGACGUCCUCGAAGAAGCGCAAGAAGAAGAGCAAGAAGGCCAAGAAGGACAAGAAGAAAAAGAAGAGCUCACAAGAAAAAAAGAAGACGAAGAAGCAGGGCAACUCCUCGGACGAUAGCGCCAAAGAGAAGAAGGAGAAGAAGUCCAAGAAGGCCGACGUGGACAAGAAUGGCGAGCAGCCGGCGAAGCGCAACGCGGAGGAGAAGGCGCAGCGCGAGGCAGACAAGAAGGCGAAGCGCGAGACGGAGGAGAAGGCCAAGCGCGAGGCGCAGGAGAAGGCGAAGAGCGAGGCGGAGAAGAAGAAGACGCCGAUGGAGAAGUGGGGCGUCGACUCGGUCAGACAGUUCAAGGACAAGAUCGAGGCGUAUGACAAGCAGCGAGGGACAGAGGACUUCAUCGCGAUGAUCGAAGCGCCUCCAAUGGACCUGUUGCUGAAAUUCUGCUCGGCCUUGGGCGAACUGCCGAUCGGCCAGGACACGUGCGCCUCGAUGGCCGAGGCAAAGCUGGAGGACAAGGGGUGGGAGAAGCACGUGCGCGGCCAGCUUGGCAAGCUCUGCGAGGUGGCGUGGCAGGAGCUGAAGGAGCAGCGGCAGCGCGGCCAGCGGCCCCCGAGUGGCACACGCUUCGACAGGGACCGCUUUCUGGCGAUCGAGGUUUCCACAGCGGAGGGCGCUACCAGCAUGGCGCCGAAGGCUCAGACGUUCUUUCUCUCGGACGUUGUGGCCAUGUGCAGACGCGGGAUCCCGGAGAACCUCAUCCGCGACGACUUGAAGGCACGUGGUUGCUCGAAGUCGCGCGUGUCCCAGCUCAUACGGGACGCUCGCUUGGCUGGCGCGUUGCCGGUCGCGUCGCCUACCAAGAGCAGGGGCGCGGCCGCCGCAGCGCCACCGGCGAGGGAGCAAGAGCAGCAGGUCGCGGAGGACAGAGCGGCGGAGGACGCGGGCGCGCUGCCGCCGCGUGGCCGGGGCACAGGCGCGGCCUCCAGCGCCCAAUCACCGGCAGGCGCCGCGCAGAUCGGCUUCGGGGACAUGGCGGUGGAGAUGGACAAGGACGACGAGGGGAUCUGCUCUGGCACGGCGACCCCGGUUCUGAACGACGGCGGCUCCGAGGAGUUCGACGACGAUGUGAUGUUCUUGGGGGGCGGCACCGCGACGCCGAUCCUAGUCGACGACGCCGACGAUGCCUCGGCGGAGGGGAGCGCAGACGAGGAGAUUCCGGACGCGGUGAUGUUGCACGACUUCGCGGUUGCGGCGCAGAACCAUUGCAUCGUGGAGAGCGGGGUCGAGAAGUUCUUCAACGUGGAGCCCGACGUGGACGAGGGCGACGGCUCCGAGGGCGCCGAGAACGACAGCGACGUGGACGAGCAUGGCAACGUAGAGGGGCUGAUCAAUGACAACGACGGCGUUGAGAAGCGGGAGGUCACCGACGUGCUCAUGGCGGAGAAGAGCGACGCGGGUUGUGCUGGGGCGGAGGAAGCACCGCGGCCGCCAGAGCCGCAUCCAGCAGAGCAGGUUCGGCGGCGCAUCACAGGCAAGCGGGCUCUCCAGGUUGUGCAGGAGCAGGGGCCGCUCCUGGCUCAUGCCCGCGUUGCAGUGGCGGCCCCCAUGAAGCGGCCGGCGAGGAAGCGGUUUCAGUGCCACGUGUGCCCGUUCCCUACAUGCAUGUUUUCGAUGGUCGCACCAGGCGCGGCGGCGCGGACGAACAAGAGAGAGCCGUGUGCGUUCUGCUCUCCGGAGAAAAUGAGGAAGGCUUUGUCGGAGCCGCGCGGACGCGGCAUCGUCACCCGAUCCCUGCGGGCUUUUCUGCGAGCGGAUCGCCGGGAUGUGUUCGACGCGGCGCUGCAGCGGUUGCCCAGCGACGAGGAGAGGGACAAGUUCAGGAAGGCUUUGAGGCGCAAGACGCGGAACAAGGAUGCCGCUGCGCAGAGCAGCAGGGAGAAUAUGCGGAGACUUCAGUCUCUCAUGGAUAACCGCGUCGCAGUGACUCCAGCGCUCACAGACGAGCAGCGGGCUGACUACGAGGAGAACGUCAAGGACGACAAGAGGCGGUUCAAGAACAAGUUCAAAGCUGUGCAGCAGGCGCGGGACCGGGAGGACGACUCGUGGCGCUCGGAGGCGGCUGUGAAGCUGGAGCAGUGGUGCCGGGAAGGAGCGUGGGUGCAGUGCGAACAGUGCAAGCGCAUGGAAAAGCGGCCUCUACGACCCGCGAACAUAGAGGGCCAGACGCGCACUUGGACGACGAAGAAAUACAAGCACUGCAAAACGGGCGUGGGGUACCCGACUGUCUCCUUGGAGGACAUCCCGACGGUGCUCCGCCAGCUGCCGGAAGAUGUUUUGUGGGCUUUGCGGCCCCUGGAGCCUUUCUGCGGCGAGUACGUCCGGGCCCAGCAUGGGUAUCGAGUGCACACGGACAUGAUUCGAUUCUGGUGGCGUCCUGUCUCCGUGUCCCAGCAGAUUAACCAGCUGAAGCACUCGGAGCAGCGCCGACGUGCCCGCGAGGCGUAUGAGUUCCUCAUGGCGUCCCAGCAGUCCUCCUACAAGAAGUUCACAGAGAUGCACGCUGCUUUCCGCCGGAAGCACGCGGAGGUACUCACGGGCGCAGCGGGCGACAUGCGAUUGCAGCUACCCCGAAGAGGAAUGGAAGAGGAGGGCAUCGAGUGCGCUGUUUGGCCGCACCUGUAUCCUCGGACCAACAUGUGCGAGACGCACGUCCGCUUGUCGGACUCUCGCAGGAAGGACGCGAGGAAGCGGAAGAAGGAAAGCUUCACGGACUCAAGCGACAGGGAGAGCGAUUCAGAGAAGGAUUCCAAUGACGGAGCGGGCGACGGGCCGCGCGAUCCUAGUGAUUUUGCCAAGAGCAACAGGAACUCGGCGAAGGCGUCGUUCCUGGCGAAGGUGCUCGGCCCCGUCAUCGGCUACGGGUCGGACAUGGAGCUCGUGCAGUUCGUGUACGAUCUUUGGCUGUGGUCCUCGCUUGGCAGCAAGCGGAACGCACUUUCGGGGCAGAUGCCGAUGCGCCUGGCCGUGGGGGGGCACAGCUUCACUCCAGAGUACUGGAAAGUCCGACAUGAUGCUCUCAUCGACGCAGUGAAGCAAUUGGGGCUGCCUUCGCUGUUCAUCACCGUAUCGCCGUAUGAGUGGUCGUUUCCUUGCGCGAAUUGGGUGGAGGACGAGAUGGCAAAAGAGCUGCGCUCGAAGACGCAUCUGCCAGUGGCGGAGACCUUGCAUAUUGCGCACGUCUUGGGGCAGGUCGUGGAGGGCUUCCUCACGGGCGCGAACAGCACCAGAGCGCUGAGGCGAUGGAAGCAGCACGUGUUCGGCCCGAAGGACGGCAGCGGGAAGAGCACGGUACGCGCACAUUUUGCCAGAGCGGAGUUCCAAGACGGCAAAAGGAAACGGUACGUUGGUGAGCACGAGGCGGCUGCCCAAUUUUAUCACGGGCGCGGCACUGUGCACAUCCACCUACUCGUCUGGCUGGAAGACGAGCCGCGCAUCGAGCUGGAGAAGAUCAUUGCCGCCACGUCCCCGGACGACAAUCCGCAGGUGAAGGCGCUGGUGGAGGGCUCCCAGAGAUCAUGCACUGGGAGCGGGUGGCCUGUGCGCGAUGAGGCGUCCUCCUACGACGCGGGGACAGGUGCGCUGCGUCUGCACCACUCCAAGUCGGACCACAUGCGGCGCAAUAAGAAGGGCGACCCAGAGGGUGUUCGCGCGUACGUCAUCGACGUGCUCACCGCCCUGUACUGCCACGUGGACGUCCUCAGCACUGACAAAGUGGGUAUGCUUUUGAGGUAUGUGACUUCGUACGUCCCGAAGUUCUCAGAUUCGUUCUGCGACGAGUGGUUGGCGGACCAGGCGAGCGACUACUCCAUCGCGCGCAGGGUGCUGACGGAUUACCACCCGCUGGAGCCGGAGAUGGUUCUGCAGCUGGCCAUGCAAUGGUUUCCGCAGACAUUCUCGAGCGGGUCCUUUCGAAAGUUCAUUGUUCCAGUGCCGUGGGAGAAGGCCGAGCUGCCCGCCAUAGUGCAGGAGUACAUGAAGUCGCCGUGGCGCGGCAGGGACAUGUCUCUCAUGGAGUACAUGCGGAAGGCGAACACGGACGGAAAGAUCCAGCAUUGGAUUCGGCGGGAGCACAAGAAGCACGUGGAGGAGAAGCCGGACGGCGCCCGAGGUCGCGUCGCCGACUUGGAGGAGUUCGCGCGCAAGGUAGUUUCCAAGGGAGACACGCUCAUCGCAGCCAGCUACCUGUCGCGGUACGGGGACAGGUAUUACGGCCAGUGGGUGCUGUUGCAUGUGCCGUUCUGCACGGUCGACGAUCUGUGGCGACCAGAGUUGGAGCGCGUGCCGGACCACUUGCGGAACCAGGCACUGGCGCUGCUUCACCGCCCUGACAUCUGGCGCAACGCGGAGAAGAUCCGGGAAACGUUGGAGUUGGAAGCCUUCCGCGAGCACCACAUUGCGAACAUUACUGCCAUGCUGCAGGCGCACGCAAGUCUCAUAGACAAGUACAUGUUCGGUGAAUUGUCGAGGGAGGAGUACGCGGUGGACCACUACGAGAAUGGCGUCGAGGGCGAUCGAGAGAUCUACGUGCCGACGAAGCAGCAGGAGAACGUCACGAACACCAUCGUGAACCGCGUCUGGGCGAACAUGGAGGCGAGGGCCGCCACGGAGGACGAGUGGCGCGGUGAAGGCCAGGCGGAGCACGUACCCAGCGACCAGGAGGACAUGGACUGGCAGCGCGGCGUGAAGGAGAUGGCGGCGUCCGUGAGCAGGUUUUGCCCAGAGCGCCGAGCAAUCGCUGUCCUGGGUCCUGCAGGCAGCGGGAAGACAACGGCAGUGGAGCACGCCGUGGAAGAGUGCGUUGCUCAUGGUGCACGUGUGCUCAUUGUGGCGCCUACGGGGCGACUGGCUGCGACGUACCGUGCCAAGUACCCGCACCUGGACGUGGACACCAUACACGGCGCUUUCAUGUUGUUCAAGCCCGAGCAGCAGACGCUGGAGCUUAUGAUUCCCUACGACUUAGUGAUUGUGGAGGAGGUGGGGCAGCUCUCGCGGUGGAUUUUCGAGAGGCUCAUCACGCUGUGGCGCGCCGCUCAGACGCACCCCACGCUCGUGUUUCUCGGAGAUUUCUUCCAGCUGCCUGGCGUGGAGCAGACAAGCGCACGCGACAGCCCACUGCGGCGCAGCGCCUGCAUGCAGAGGAUGAGCUUGUUCGAGAUGAUCCGCUGCAAGUGCAGUGUCCUGCGGAAGAAGUUAGAGAUGCUCCGGACGGCGAAGCCGAGCGCGGCCCAGAGGAGGUUCAUCCUGCGUGGUCACAAGGCGCCGACGGCAGCUUGGUACGAGGCGGAACAGGAGCCAUCGGUAGAGGACAUGAGCCGGGCGCUGGACGAGACUCCGAACACGUUGUUUUUGACGGUGACGAGACGGGCGUGCGCUCACGUCAAUUCCGCGGCCGUGCAGCACUUCUUCGCCGACGCGGCGCCUAUCGCGGCUUACGCUGGGGCGAAGAUGGUUGGCAGUGCAGCGUUGGAGACCUCUGUGUUCGAGAACAUGCGCGUCGUGUUGACGAAGAACCUGAACAAGGAGGCGGGCUACGUGAACGGCAUGGGCGGCGUCGUAGUGGGCUUGACCGGAGAUGCCGUGGUGGUCCGCACAGACCAGGGGCGUCUCAUCAGCGUGUAUCCGUGGACUUCGGAGAAGCACGUGGUGCACUAUCCCAUGCGGCUCGGGUACGCCACGACGCUGCACAAGGUCCAGGGAGCUACGCUGAACCACGUGACCUUGUGGCUCGACCUCGCGGGGAUGCCCGCCGCCGCGUACGUCGCGCUCUCGCGCGUGCGGCGGGGCGCAGAUUGGAGGAUCAUGGGGCAGACCACUGUGCACCAUUUCACGCCGGCGCAGGGGUGA